AUGGCGUCUUUCGGAAAGAUCUUCACCAAGGAGCUCAACCCCCGCACCACCGCCAUCCUCGCGGUUGCGAAGGCCAAUGGCAUCAACCUCGAUGUCGAAGAGGUCGACACCACCAAGCCCACCAAAGACUUCCUGAAGUACAACAAGCUUGCCAAGGUCCCUACCUUUGUCGGCAAUGAUGGCUACGUCCUGACCGAGUGCAUGGCCAUCGCCAUCUACAUCACCUCCCAGAACGAGAAGACCACUCUGCUCGGCAAGACCAAGCAGGACUACGCUUCUAUCCUGAAGUGGAUGUCCUUCUUCAACACCGAGGUUCUCCCCAAGCUUGGUGCCUGGUACCGCCCUCUCCUUGGCUGGGACUCCUACAACAAGAAGGGAGUCGAGGAUGCUCAGAAGGGCGCCGAGAAGGCUAUCUCCAUCGUUGAGGAGCACCUUCUCCACAACACCUACCUCGUUGGCGAGCGUGUCACCCUUGCCGAUCUGUUCGCUGCCAGCAUCAUCUCCCGCGGCUUCCAGUUCUUCUUCGACAAGGCGUGGCGAUCCAAGAACCCCAACGUCUCUCGAUGGUACGAGACCGUCUACAACCAGCCCAUCUACAUCAACGUGGCCAAGUCGUUCGAGCUCCUCGACACCCCUAAAUUGACCAACACCCCUCCCAAGAAGGAUGAGAAGCCCAAGGCUGCUAAGGCCCCCAAGGCCGAGAAGGCCGAGCCUAAGCCUGCUCCCGCCGCGGAGGAGGAGGCCCCCAAGCCCCCGAAGCACCCCUUGGCUUCUCUGCCGCCCUCAGAGUUCGCUCUUGACGAGUGGAAACGAUACUACUCGAACCACGACGAGGCCGAGUCCAUGAAGUACUUCUGGGAGAACGUUCCCUUCAAGGACUACUCCCUCUGGAGAUGCAAGUACAGGUACAACGACGAGUUGACCUUGACCUUCAUGUCCAACAACCUUAUCGGCGGCUUCAACACCCGUCUUGAGGGUUCUCGCAAGUACCUCUUCGGAUGUGCCUCCGUCUACGGCGAGAACAACGACUCCGUAAUUGAGGGUGCUUUCGUUAUCCGAGGUGACAAGUACGAGCCCGUCUUCGACGUUGCUCCUGACUAUGAGAGCUACGAGUUCACCAAGCUCGACCCCACCAACGAGGAGGACAAGGCUUUCGUCGAGUCCAUGUGGAAGUGGGACAAGCCCAUCACUCACGAGGGCAAGGAGUACAAGCACGCUGAUGGCAAGGUCUUCAAGUAG